UAGUUGAUUUCGGUGAAAGCGCCGGACGGUUAUGAGGCGAAAAUGACCGACGAGUCUGCUGUUAAAGUUUGCGUUAGGGUUCGACCCUUUAUAAAACGCGAGGAGGCGGAUAACGCAGAGCCGUUACCGUUGUACUGGAAGACCGAUAAACAGGCGAUACAUCAGAUUGACGAUGACGGCAACAUGACCAAAAGUUUCAACUUUGACAGGGUUUUUAAUGCAGAAGAAUCCACCAAUCAGCUGUAUAACGAAAUCGCCAAACCCCUGGUGGUGUCCACUGUAGAAGGAUACAAUGGAACUAUAUUUGCAUAUGGACAGACUUCCUCUGGAAAGACUUUUACAAUGAUGGGCAGUGAGCACAACCCUGGCGUGAUCCCUCUCGCCAUGGCCGACGUGUUUCAUACCAUCAAAAACUGUCCAAAUAAAGAGUUUCUUCUGCGUGUGAGCUACAUGGAAAUUUACAACGAAACGGUCACAGACCUCCUGUGCGACAGCUGGAAGAGAAAACCGCUGGAAAUCCGCGAAGGCAACUACAAAAACGUCUACGUGGCUGAUUUGACGGAAGAGCUGGUGAGGUAUCCGGAACAAGCGCUGGCCUGGAUCCGGAAAGGAGAAAAAAACCGACAUUGUGGGAAGACAAAAAUGAACGAGAGGAGCAGUCGCUCUCACGCCAUUUUCCGCAUGAUCUUGGAGAGCAGAGAGAGAAGUGACCCAGCGUCUGGUGAAAAUGCCGACGGCGCCAUCAUAGUGUCCCAUUUGAACUUGGUGGAUCUCGCUGGGGCUGAACGAGCGAGUCAGACUGGAGCCGAGGGGACCCGUUUCAAAGAGGGAUGCAAUAUCAAUCGCAGUCUCUUCACCUUGGGACAAGUCAUCAAGAAACUGUCUGAUGAGAGCCACAAGGGUUUCACAAAUUACAGAGACAGCAAACUAACCCGGAUCCUCCAGAAUUCUCUGGGUGGCAACGCCAAAACCGUCAUCAUCUGCACCAUCACACCAGCGACUGUGGACGAAACCGUGAGCACUUUACAGUUUGCCAGUGCGGCGAAGCGCAUGAAGAACGAUCCUCAUGUCACGGAGGUCUCGGACGACGGUGCUCUUUUGAGAAGAUACCGCAAUGAGAUUGUGGAUCUCAAACGACGUCUUCAAGAGGUUUCUUCAGUCACCCAAACAACUGUGACUGAGAAGGAGACACUGUCCCAGCUCCUCCAAGAGAAGGAUCAGCUCCAGAGAGAGCAAGCAGAUAGAAUAAGGAACCUAACAAAGCUUUUGGUAACUGCAUCAAAUGUGGUCCCUGUCCAAAAGAUUCCCAAGAGAAGAGUGACCUGGGGUGGAAAGCUCUUUAGAUCAGCUCCGUUACUGGCAGGCGAUUAUGGAUCUGCUGAUAUGAGCUUUGCUGAGCCCUUUUUCAAAAAGAGCAAAGCUGAUCUUACUGUGACGGAGGAGAGUGAAGAAAUGGAGGAAUUUGACACGACACCGUGUUUUUACUCUCCCUCUGAGGACACUUCUAUAGACCUGGAGAUGAACCAGAGUCACAUUACUAUGCGCAGCUCUGCAGAAGGCGUGUGCACCGACUCGCCCCAGCUCAUGUUCAGAGUCGGAUGUUUGGAGCGUCAGCUGGAGACAGAAUCGCAGGAGAAGCAAAAAGCCGAAGAGAACAACGCGCUGCUGGAGCAGAGGACCGACGAGCUCCAGAAACAAUUACAGACCUUGGAGCAACGGCUGGAGACAGAGGUGCAGGAAAAACAGACCGCUGAGCAGAAGUGUUCCACGCUGGAGCUGAAGAUUGCUGAGCUGGAAAAGGCUCCAGAGCCAGAGAAGGACAACAAAGCCUGUGAGCAGUACCUUGCGGAGGCUGUCCAGCUGUGUCAAACGCUGAGCUCUGAGAGGGAAGUAAUUGCUGCAGAACGGGACAUGCUGAAGCAAAGCCUUGAUGUCUUGACUCAGGACAUGGCGAGACUAAAGCAAGACAACGAGGUGCUGAUGAAAGACAAGGAGACUCUCCUGAGAGACAUCGAAGAACGGAAAGACGCAGAGGAGUUUGAGAAACUUGAGGAUGAGAGCAGGAAAGACUACGAGCGAGAGUUAGAGACGGAAAUUUCAGCAUUGAAAAGGGCUUCCACGGACGCAGAAGAUCUGGUCCAAAAGCUGAAGUCUGAUCUGGAGGUGAUGUCAACGGAGCUGAAAAAGAAGAACGACUUGGUGGUGGACCUGCAGAGUUUGAAUGGUAAGGACCUCGUUCAGGAGGUAACGCAGCUGCGUCGCUCGUUAGACGAUGCAGAGGGGCUCAGUUUGGAAACCAAAAAGGAGUGGGCUUUCCUGCGUAGCGAGAACCUCUCCCUCAAAGAGCGAGAUGCGACUCUGACUGUUAACUACAACCAAAUGGAGAACGAGGUCAAAUCCCUGCAGAGCCAACUCGAGCACGAGAAAUCCCGUUUCAGGAAAAUGCAGACUGACCUCCAAAAAGAGCUGCUUGGGGCGUUUGAUGAGAACACCAAGCUCACUGCUCUUCUGGAUGGAAAAGUUCCUAAAAACGUACUGGAUAACGUGACCUUGGGGAAAACAGUUGCUGAAUUAAAGAAGGAGCUUGAGAAAAGCCAGGAGAGUGAAAGAGCGCUUCAAAGCAAAAUGGAGGAGUUAAAGUCUCUAGAAGCUCUUCCAGCUAAAGUGGAUGAUUUGUUGAGACAGGUGUGUGAGCUCACAGGUGAACUUGACUCUGUUAAAGAGGAGAGGGACAAUCUUCUCUCUGCUCAGGCCGUGUCCAAUGAGGACAACGAGAGACUGAAAGGAGAUGCUGUAAAGGCCCAGGAGGAACUCGAGAGCAUGCAGAAGGAUUUGGCUGAUGCAGAACUCAAGGAAGUUCAGCUAAGCCAACAGCACACAGAGACCACGGAGCAGCUUAUAAAGGUCCGAACAGAUCUGGAACACCUCUUGGGAGAAAACAGGAGUCUCCUCAGUGCCUUGGAGGAAGCUAAGCAGAAGUCCGUACAGUUGGGUGAGGAACUGGAGUCGCUUCGCUGUGAAAGAGAGAGGCAUCUGUUAGAGUUGACUGCCACAACUGCACAGAGGAACCAGCUUCAGGAAACGAUUCACAGCAAAGUCUCCGAGCAAGCCGAGAACGUUCAGAACCUCCAAGUAGAGCUGCAAACUAUUACGGAGGAGAGAGAUCAACUGAAGAGAGACAUGGAAGAAAAUGUGGAGCUGAUGAUAAAAAAUCAAGAAGAACUGAGAGCGGCUCUCCAGACGUCGCAAGUGCAACAGGACAAAAUACUUCAGUUGGAAGCGGAAAAAGCUCAGCUGGAGUCCGGACAGUCGGAUCCACCCGAGAACACUCUCGUCGAGGAUCUGCAAAUUCAGGUGAAGCAGCUGAAAGAGGAUCUGCAGUCUGCAUGUUCAGAACGGGACGAGAUCGCGUCCGAGAAAGCCCUCGAGUCCGAGUUGGAAAGGAUGCAGACCAGUAUCAGGUCUCUGACUGAAGAGAGAGACCAGCUUCAAGAGAUACUGCAGGGACUGAGAGAAGAGAAAAGCCAGCUAAAGAGAGAACUGGAGGAAAAGGAUGAGCUGAUUAUCCGCUUCCAGUCUCAGUCGAGCGAGAAGAAGUUUUCUGACUCGAACUGCGUUAUUAAUGACGAGAAUGAAGUUCAGCUACAACAGAUGCAGGAUCUUAAAAAGGAGGCUGAAGAGUUGUCUCAGCAGAAUUCCUGGCUUAGGACAGAACUCCAGGACAUGACUGACAAGGUUGGUGAGCUCUCAGGAACUCUCAGGGCUGUGCAAGAUGAGAAGAGCAAUCUGCUUGUUGCUCAGUCCACCUUGAACGAAGAACAUCUAAGACUUAAGGAAGAAAUGGAAAGGGCCCGAGAGGAACUUGUCAGGAUGGAGAGUCAGAUGAUUGAUUCACAGCUGAAGGAAGCUGAAACCAGCCAGCAGCUCAUGGAGACCACUGAGCAGCUCACGAAGGCUCAGGCAGACCUGGAGCACUUUACUGUUGAAAAUGGCAAAAUGCUCACGUCUUUGGAAGAAGCUAACCAAAAAACGGAGCAGUUGGGUGAAGAAAUCCAGUCUGUUCGUAGUGAAAGAGAUCAGCUUCUAUGUGAGAAGACUGAGGGAGCUCGUGAUCGAGAAGAGUUCGAGAACCUUCGUGCCACACUUGCAUCUCUGACAGAGGAGCGAAACCAGCUUCAGGAGAUCCUUCAGGGUCUGCGAGAAGAACGCAGCCAGUUGAAGAGAGAUCUGGAAGAGAGCAAUGACAUGCUCGUACAGGUGCAGAAGCCAGCACAGAGUGAGAUCAGUUCACAACAAGAAGCCACAUGUAUGCAAGAUGAACUUCAACAAAAGCUACAAGAGCAGCUCGCAGAACUGACCGAGGAAAAUCACCAGCUGAAGACGGAUGCUCAGGAGAAUGUGGAAACGAUGAUCGAGACCCAAGCAGAAUUGAGGUCGGCACUCGCGAAUAUAAAGGAGCUUGAGAGGAACGUGCGCGAGUUGGAAGUGCAGAAGAUUCAGCUAGAGUCCAAACUGUCCCAGACUGACAGCAGUGAGAAGAGCACACUUGUAGAGGAUCUGAAAACUCAGAUCAACCAUCUGAACGAAGAACUCCGAGCAGUUUGUGAGGAAAAGCAGCGUCUUCUUAUCGAGACCGCACACGGUGAUCGUAAUGCUGAAGAGCUGGAGAGAGCGCGAGCAACCAUCAGCGCACUCACCGAGGAACGAGACCAACUUCUGGAUGUAUUGCAGGGCCUGAGGGAAGAAAAGAGCCAGAUAAAGAGUAUCCUAGAAGAGAAGGAAGAGGAAGACAUGGUCAGAAUUACUCUCUUUAUUAUUAUUUUAUUUAUUUAUUUAUUUAUUUAUUUUAUUUUUUUAAAAAAAACAUUCAUCAAGAAUGUAAGCGAAACGCUAAUGUUGACGUCUUCUCAGAUUAUACAGCUGAGAGAGGAGCGUGAGGUCACUACUGCAGACAGAGAUGCUGAGACUAAAGACUCUGCGGUGGACGCUGCACUGGAGACGAUUCAGGCGAGGGUAUCCACUCUCAGUGAAGAAAGAGACCAACUGCUGGAGAUCCUGCAGGGCCUGAGAGAGGAGAAGAACCAGAUGAGCAGUGAGCUGGAGGACAAGAAUCGGAUGCUGACGCAGUUGACGGACGAGCUCCGAUCUGCUACGACCGAAAAGGACAACUUGUUGGCUGAGAAAUCUAAAGACGAGCUGGAUAGCAAAGCCGAGUCGGAGAGGCAUCAGGUCCGUAUCGCGUCUCUGACUGAAGAGAGAGACCAGACGAGAGAGGAGAAUGACCGGCUGAAGACUGAACUUGUGGAGACCAACGAAACGGUAAUGCAGUUAAGAGAGGAGCUUCAGUCUACGAGUGCAGAGAGAGAGCACCUUCUAUCAGAGUCGACCCAACAGAGUCUUUCUCACGUGGCUGAGAUGGAACAGGUUCGGUCAGAUAUCGCCUUCGUGACUCAGGAGAGAGACCAGCUUCUGGAAUUGCUGCAGAGCCUGAGGGACGAGAAGAUUCAGCUGCAGAAAGAUCUUGAAGAGAAGGAUGAAGUGGCGAUGCAGCUGAAGGAGGAUUUCCAGCGCGCUAGUAACGAGAAGGAUCAGCUUCUGGCUGACAACGCUAAGUGCAACCUGGAGACCGUCGAGGAGCUGGAGAGACGUCAAGCAACCAUCGUGUCUCUAACUGAAGAGAGAGACCAACUUCUAGAAGUGCUGCAUGGUAUGAGGGAGGAGAAGAACCAGCUGAGGGUAGACCUGGAUGAGAAGGAUGAAAUGAUACAGCAGUUGAAGGCACUUCUGGCUGAGAGAGAGCAGUUACCGAUAAAGGAUGCAUCGUGCAGCACUGUCCUGAACGAGGAUGGAGACAGUCUCCAGGAGCUGCUGCAGGGAGUGAGAGAGCUCAUCCAGGUCCAAGGCGAGUUGAAGCAGCAGAAGCCACUGAGUCCUAGAGCCACCCGGAAAGCUGAGCUUCAACAGGCCAAUCAAAUCAUGCAGGCUCUUAAGGAUGAAGUUGAGUAUUUAAGGAACGAGAGGACGUUACUCAGAAAGGAUCUUCAAGAGGCUGCUGAAACGUCAAAAGCUUAUCAGAACUUACUCUGUUCCACGAGGGAGGAGCUGAAGCAGCAGAAGAAUGCUGACUCGGUGGCCCAAAAUGCUGAAAAAGACUCCCUACUUCAGCAGAUGAGCCAGAUGAAUGCAGAUCUUCUGUAUUUGAGAGAGCAGCUUUUGGCGAAGAAAACCUCAGAAACUCCGACUCUUAACACCGAAGUGCAGGAUCUUCUGACUCGCAUUGCGUCUCUUGAAGAAGACAAAGCAAAACUCCAAGAGAUGCUCGAGUCUGCCAGAGAAGAGGGAACUAACCUGAGGCGUGAUCUUCAGGAGAGUGAAGAAGCGAAACACAAGCUGAUGGAAGAGCUUGAAAGUCUUUGUAGCAUUAAAGAGCAGCUCUUUAAUGAAAAGACACAUGCAGAUCAGCUGCAGGAGGUUCUCCAGGGGGUCAGAGAAGAGCGAGACCAAAUCAGGAGGCAGCUGGAGGGAAACAUGCAGGAGCUGACGCACAUUACGGAGAAAGUACAAGGACUAGAAAAGGAGAAAAUGGAGCUUGAAUCUGAAGUCAGUUCUUUGAACCAGACUCUUCAUGAGGUGAAUGAACACACCUACGCACCAUCUAAUGAAGGAAGGCUGAAGGUGAUGUCUGAAAUUGAAGCUUGUAACAAAAAGCUUAAGGUUUCCUUCUUGAAGCUCCAGGCGAUCACUGACCGUCCAAAACCCAGAGAUCAUCUUGCAGAUAUUAAUAGGAACGAAAAUACCUCGUUUUGUCAGCUUUUACCGUUCGUUCCGGUGUCUCAGAGAAGUGUGUUCGCCUGUCUGACUUCUAAAACAAGUCGUCUUGAUGACCUGCUUAGGAAAAACGAGGUGGCUUUGCAAAGACUGGCAGCUCUGCACAAGGCUCACUUUGUGAAACAAAUUAACCGCGACAUGGCUUCCUUCGAGGAGAGAAGGCUGCAUGACGUUCUUAUUCGCCGAGCUCAGGCUCCUUCACAGUCCCUCCAGAUGCUCCCUGGGGACUUCCAGGAGAUUUGGGACCAGAGACUGUUGGAGCUGUUGGAGAAACGCAGGCAGUAUCUGCAGAACGUGAACAGCAUUCUGGACUUCCUGGAAGACGGUGUAGCUAAACAUGCAGUCACGCUCUCUGAGGAACUUCAGGCACGGACCCGUGCCAACGAGGAGAGUAGUGGGGUGCUGGCUGGAACCGCCAACACAGCAGCUAUAGUUCAGUUCUUCGAGCGAGAGCUUGUUCGACGCACAGCUUUGACAGAUCGCCAGAGAGUUUUCCACCAAAGCAUGUUGGAUAAAUAUGGCUCUGCAGUUUCUGUCCUGAAGCCCAUGCAGGAUGAGUCCGUUCAGAGGCUGAAGGAGGAGAGGAGUGAGAGUCUGGCACUGCUGCCAUCUCAGAGCAGCGAGAAACCCAAAACUGAGGCGGACCUACUGCAGGACAAGCAGCGCCUCUCCCUUCAAUUACAACAGGCUCAAAAACACUUGGAGGUGCUUCAAAAGAAAAUGGCAGAGUUGAAGGCCCAGACAGACGUUUCCAUCCAGAAACAUGCCACCGAGCUUGAAGAGCUGAGCUCGGCUUUAAAGGAGAAAGAGGAUCUCAUCCAGAACUUGCAAGUGAAGCUGAAGGAGUCUGAGGCUCUUGCGAAAGUUAAGAUGCCGCCUAGUGCUGCUGAAAUGGAGGCCAUGAAGGAUAAACUGGUGAAGAUGGAGUUUGACCACAUCGCUGUAACGACCAGUCAUGAAAAAGAAAUAGCACAGUUAACGUCAGUGGUGGAGCACAGAGGAGACGUUAUCCGCAAGCUGAAGGAGACUCUCAGAAAAAGCCACCUGCAAGACGAGCAGUCAUUUAUGGACGGUGAAGAACCUCCUUCUAAACCUGGCACCCAGGCCAAAACUUCUACUUAUCAUAAAGAUAAAAAGAUUGAAGAGCUGGAGAAGAAGACUGCACAAUUUGAAAGCCUGGUGAACAAACAGCAAGAAGAGAUCUGUAAAUGGAAAAACAGAGCGUACAAGCUGAGGGAAAGUAAGAAAGAAGCUCCUCAUUCCCCACGAACACCGACCAAGCGAACUCUGUUAACAGAAUGUGAAGUGAACUCGCCCAAGAAAGCGGUCCUCGACUCUCCGAAAAGCAAGUUCUUUGACGUCCAUUCUGGCAGAGAGACAAUGUCACUCAAGUGCCCAAAGCAGUUCUUUGACAACUCCAGCCUUGGAACCAUGCCAGACGCCGGCCCCAACGCAGCGGUCAGCUGUAGUGACACAAGCGUAGACAGCUGGUGGAGUGUUCCAAACUCUUCACCGAGGAAGACCAACCUAAAUCUGGAUGCCAAUGCCUGUCCAACACAGUGAUUCAGUUUUAUCUGUCUGUUUGUUUUUUAUUUGUUUGUUUUGUCCGUCAUUCAUUUGAAUAGUUUGUCAUUAAAGUUAUUUUUAUGUCACAUAUGUGGGGAAGGUUCAGCCACCCAAGUUUCUAGAAUAAAGAGAUUUAACAAAAAAAACACAUGCAAUUUUAUUAAGUGUUUUAAUGCAGUAAUCAUCUUAAUCUCCUUCUACCAGCUUUUGUUUGGUUUGGUGUUUCAUCCGCGUACCAAACAUGAUAAAUAAAACAACACUAAACUUAGUGCUGUCAUCUGUGCUUCUGUGUGAUUUGUGCUAAAUCUAUCUACUUUUAGUUUCUCCUCCAAACAACAUAUUCGGAUCGGGGCCGGAAAUGACAAUAGACUAAAUAAUCUACGUUCGUUCAUGGUCAUUACACCUGCAACUGUGUUUUACAAACGCGCCUUCUCGAUCACUGC